AUGGGCUGCGACGAAAAGUGCGGGUGCACCGUCCCGUGCCCCGGCGGCCGGGACUGCAGGUGCACGUCGGCGAGGAGCGGCGCCGCCUCGGCGGAGCACACCACGUGCACGUGCGGCGAGCACUGCGGCUGCAACCCGUGCGCGUGCGGGCGCGAGGGCACGCCGUCCGGGCGGCAGAACCGGAGGGCCACCUGCUCCUGCGGCGCCGCCUGUGACUGCACCUCCUGUGGCUCCACCGCCUGA